AUGGCGCAAGAUCUUGAACCCAAGAGGCCGAAAUCGUUCGAAGCGCUCACGCCAUCGCUCGCCGAUUGGAUUCUCGACUACACACAUAGCAUGAGCUUUCAACGGACGACGCCUGUGCAAGCCAUGGCAAUACCGCUUUUGUUGGGCAACAAGGACCUCGUGGUAGAGGCAGUUACAGGAAGUGGCAAAACGCUUAGUUUCCUCAUCCCAAUCGUCUCCCGAAUAUUGAGCGCAGAGGAACCGAACAAGAAGGGCUAUGUACGCAGCAUAGUUGUUGCGCCAACCAAGGAACUAGCAACGCAAAUUCAUGACGUACUUCGUGGCCUCCUAGACUUCCAUCCCCCGUCUUCAGCUGUGUUGCGACCGUCUGCUGAGCAGGAAGAUGGUGAUGAGACAUCGUCCUCGCAGCGGGAAGUGCCUCCAGGUCCUUAUGUGAUACCACAACUUCUCAUCGGUGGCCGUACGAAAUUAGCAGAAGACCUCUCAACCUACUCCGCCUUGAACCCCAAUGUGCUGAUUGCAACCCCCAAACGGUUGGUCGAGGUCCUACAAUCUUCGAGGGUCAUACUGAAGAGACACUAUUUCGACCUUCUGGUAUUAGAUGAGGCAGACCGUCUUCUUGAUCCAAACUUCCAGUCAGACCUACAAACAAUACUGCAGCUUGUGCCUAAGGAGAGACGGACAGGCUUGUUCAGCGCAUCCGUUUCUGAAGCUGUCAACGAACUUGUAAGGGUGGGAAUGCGCUAUCCGUUCAAGAUCAGCGCCAAAGUGCGCAGUAAGUCAGGGGCGCUGGAUAAGCGGACGCCUGAGAGUCUGCGGCUUUGCUACGUUGUCGUCAAGCCCACGGAAAAGCUUCCGGUGUUGAAACGGAUUCUGCAGGAGACAAAAGCCGAGAAGUGCAUUGCCUAUGUUUCGACCAGGGCGGGUGUGGACUACUGGAAAGACAUACUGCCGAGCUUGUUGGAUAUGGCGGUGUUUCCCGUUCAUGGCGACUACAAAGCGCCCAUAAGAGCGAAGAACGUGCGACGCUUCCAAGACUGCCCCUCUCCGGCUGUCUUGCUGACUACUGACGUGCUGGCACGUGGCAUUGAUAUUCCUGAUAUUGAUCUGGUGGCACAACUUGACCCACCAAGCCAACCGAAGGACUUCAUACACCGGUGUGGUCGGUCUGGACGAGCGGGGAAACGUGGACUCGCCAUCACCUUCUUAAAUGAAGGGAGCGAAGAAGAUUACGUCAAAUACCUCGACCUGCAAGGCAUGAAGCUCGAACCUUUCGCGGUACCCUUAGCGCUCUCCGAAGAGCCAACGCUCGGAACCGCCCAGGCGAUCCGUGAUAUCAUUAAGCAGAAGCGCGAGCUACACGACCGGUCACAGAAAGCUUUCGUUAGCUGGGUGCAAGCUUACACGAAAACACUGCCGGUCAAUAUCUUCAACCUGAAGCAAGUCGACUGGGCUGAGCUAGGCCGCGCCUGGGGCCUGCUUCGCUGGCCGAAGAUGCCAGAGCUGAAACGGCACUUUCAGCAAGCGGUCGCCGACAGGACCUUUGGCCUCAAUGUUACGGAAGGCUUUGAUCUGGACACGGUGGCGUACGCGGACAAAGUACGUGAGACGCGCCGUCAGGAAGUGCUUGCUGCUCAGGCACGUGGAGAGCGGCCGCCUGUGUCGAGUAAGCUUGGUGGUGCAGCGGCUGAAGCGAGGCGGAGGAAAGAGAAGGCGUGGAGCGGACAAAAGGAAGUGAAGGCCAUCAAGGAAGCGAGGAGAGAGAGGAAGGAAGUCCGGCGGAAGGCUGAGAGGGUGGGGAAGAUGUCAGCGUCGGAGAAGGUGGAGGAGAUGGAGUUGAAUGAGCUGAUUUCGCGAGUGAGAGCGCAGACCGCGGCGGAGGGCGAUGAUGGCUUUGAAGGCUUCGGUGACUGA